CACAUACGGAAAGGGGUGGAAGGUUUUGGAAGGAAAAGAAAAAGGAAUUCGAGAGAAAUCUAGACAUUACCCGCUUCUUCUUAACUAAUACAAUUUUCCUUCUUAUUCUCUCUCGUUCUCAACUUUCGUAAUCCCAAUCUCUAAACCCUAAUUAUUUGAUUCAUCAUCUCUGUGCAAUAACAUUCAUCCAUGGCUGGACACUACAAAUCGUUGAAGAGGAAAGUUGACGGUGUUGUUAAUCAUAUCACCGACGACUUCUCUGAUUUCUCUCUUUCUUCUCCGGCUACCAAAAUUCGCCGCCUCGAUUCUGAAUUGCCUCCAAUUGUUGAAGAAGAUGAUGAACACUUGGAUGCUCCUAACGAUGAAAGAGCUAUUGUACUCUUCAAGCCAAUUCUUCAUUCUCCUUCCUCUUACUCUCUCACUCUCGAUUCUCACCUCAUCUCUGAAAUUAAGAAUAAUCAACUAUCGUGGUCAAAACAAUGUGAUUCUUCUACUGAUUAUUAUGAUGACAACAAUAAUAAUCGUCAUUUAGCUAUUGUGCCUUGGGUACCUCAAGCUUCAACCUCUUCUUCUCACACUUUUGAAGAUUCUGAAUAUAGCAACAGCAAUACAAAUCCAAUGGAGUUGAUGGAAGCUGAUGAAAUGGGACAAGUCCAAGAAGAAGAAGAAGAUGGAGCAGCUAUGAUGGAUGUAGAACAAGAAGUCAACAACAACUCCUCUUCAACUUUUAACUAUCCAACAAUGCUAAAUCUACACCAACAAGUUGAUGGGUUCCAGCAGCAUUGUUUUUUACCUCAGAUUCCUCAAAACACUUCAACUCCUAUCACUUGGACACUUUGAAAGUCAUUAACUUGUUACAAUCUUUGUUAUUAUUGUUGUCUUGUUGUUGUGUUAAGAAGUCUAGAUUACACUAGACAUAGACUAGACCGUAUAUUUCAGUUUUGCUGAGAGAAAAAUAUGGUUUUUGGUUUAGUUCACCAAGGAAUGGGAAAUGUAUACUAGUAGUGACUAGGAGAAGUUGGUCAAUGUCUAUAAUGGGACCUAGAUGGGAUGAUGGAGUUUUUGUUGUACUAUUUGUUCUAAAUGACCCUUCAAAUAACAAAGUUCAAUGUUUAAUUUUAUUUUUCAUCUUUUACUUCA